GAGGAUGAUAAAUGGCCUCACAUAUGGUGGAUUCCAACUGGGGCAGUUACUCACCUCCCCAUCCAUGCGGCUGGGAUUCACCGUAAAGGUUCCCAUGACACAGUGAUGGACCGAGCAAUCUCAUCCUACACAUCUUCAAUCAGAUCGCUUAUCCACAGCCGUGAGCAGAUUGCCCGGAGCACACUCAGCGUCGCUGAUCCACAGCAUGCACUCCUAAUUUCCAUGGCGGAUACACCAUCUCAGACAUCCCUGCCAUUCGCAACAGAAGAAGUUGCUGUCAUCAAACCUCUGGUUGCGAGUAUUGGUCUCGCGCCAGUAGACGGUGGGGGUCACACAGUGGAAGUACUAAAGCACAUGAGAAGCAGCAGAAUCAUGCAUUUCGCAGGUCAUGGGUUAUCGCAUCCUCUCGAUCCGACCAAAAGCUCUUUGUUGACGAAGGACUGGGAGACCAAUCCAUUAACAGUGCAAAAGCUCCGUCAGCAGAGUCUACAAGAACAUUCGCCAUUUCUUGCAUAUCUCUCCUCCUGCUCAACAGGAGCAAUCAAGGAUCAUAGUCUAGCUGAUGAGGCCAUCCACCUUAUCAGUGCUUGUCAACUUGCAGGCUUUCGACAUGCCAUCGGGGCUCUUUGGGAAGUUUCGGAUCAGCAUUGCGUCGAUGUGGCUAGGAUUGUAUAUGAGACAUUGAAGGAAGACGGUUUGACUGAUCAGGCUGUGGCCCGCGGACUACACCGAGCAACUCGUCAUGUACGAGACAGCUCCCAGAGCAUGAUCACAAGAAGUGCUUCCACUACUGACGCAGCUGAAGAUGCACUUGAGGAUCAAAAUACUAAAGAGAAACUACGCGAUCUAGAAAGAGAGUUUGAGGCUUUUGAAAUUCAUGAUCGGGAAGGGUCAGUCGAGGAUAGAGAUGCAGUGCCUGUCGGAUCUCGCCGUCGCAGACAGGAACCACUUGGCUCGUUCUUCUGGGUUCCAUAUGUUCACUACGGGGCGUAGUAGCUAUAUACUCGUGGCAUGGACAUAUAUACAUGGGGAGUAAGGAAUUGCACGCUUCUUUCAAUAGAUACGGACUCCGAUGGCCCGAAUCCUGGAUGACACGAGUAGUUCGCCAGGUUUGUAUCUCUAUAUGGGUUUCACAGCAUCAAACAUUGGUCCUUGGGCUU